UUGAAGAAUGUGCUUGAUAUAUUUGUUGAAAUUGGAAUGGGGGAAAUGGGCUAUUAUGAGAAUGACUUUGAAGAUGCAAUGCUUAAAGAUACUGCAGCUUAUUAUUCUCAGAAAGCUUCAAGUUGGAGUGUGGAAGAUUCUUGUCCAGAUUAUAUGUUAAAGGCAGAGGAGUGCUUGAAGAAAGAGAAGGAUAGGGUAUCUCAUUAUCUCCGUGUUAGUAGUGAGACAAAACUUCUAGAGGUGAGCAUCGGAAUUUGCAUAGCAACUUGUAAUCUUAACUUCUGAAGAACGUUUUUUUUCUUAAAAAAAAUUGAGCAUAGAUUAGUACUGUGUGAUUUUGUGUGAUAUUGGGGGGAGGUAGCAGGCGCCCCGUGGAAUUAGUCGAGGUGCGCACAAGCUGGCUCAGAUAACACGAUUAUAAAACACCAAAUAAUGGUG